CCCCGCCCCUCUCGGAGCGGCGCCGGACGGUUUCGCUCUGAAGAAUUUUGUCCUCAGCGCCGAGCCGUUUCCCGGCCUCCGCCGCUGCCAUGGCGGCAGCUCCGCCGGUCUCCAAGGCCGAGUAUCUGAAGCGUUACUUGUCCGGACCAGAUGCCGGCGUCGAUGGAGCCCCGCAGUCCGGUCGCAAACGGCGCAAAAAGCGGCCGAAGCCCAGCGGGGCCGGCGGUAAGGGAAUGCGGAUUGUGGAUGAUGAUGUGAGCUGGACCGCGAUCUCCACCACCAACCCGGAGAAGGAAGAGGAAGAUGAUGGGGAUCUGCCCGUGGUGGCUGAGUUUGUGGAUGAAAGGCCGGAAGAGGUAAAACAGAUGGAAGCCUUUCGCUCCAGUGCCAAAUGGAAGCUUCUAGGAGGUCACAGUGAGGACCUGCCUUCUCCAGGGCGUUCCCAUCACGACACCCCGGAUCCGUCUCCUCCCAGGAGGGGCCGUCAGGAUACUCCAGACCCUUCCCCUGCCAGGGCAAUCCGUCAUGACACCCCAGAACCCUCCCCUCCCAGGGGCAUCCGUCACGACACUCCGGAUCCCUCCCCUCCUAGGAAGAUUCGUCACGACACCCCGGAUCCCUCUCCUCCCAGGAGGAUUCGUCACGACAGCCCGGAUCCUUCCCCUCCCAGGAGGGUCCGUCACGACAGCCCGGAUCCCUCCCCUCCCAGGAGGGUCCGUCAUGACAGCCCGGAUCCCUCCCCUCCCAGGAGAGUCCGUCACGACAGCCCGGAUCCCUCCCCUCCCAGGAGGGUCCAGCGUGACUCCCCUAGGAGGUCCCGUCCUGGUUCAGCAGAAACAUCUUUUCCUGGGAGAGCUCACAGUUCUUCCAGAAGAGCCCGUGACAGUUCCCCGGACACAUGCCAACCCAGGAUGACUCUUAACAGCUCGGACACAGGGCAACUCAGGAGGGCCCGUCAUGACUCCCCUAGUUCGGCACCUGAUGUCACUCAUUCAGUGUCCAAAACCAAAAGUAACAAAGCCCCAGAAACGGCACCUAGCAAGAUUUCUCAUUCAUCACUCCCAAAGAAGAGCAAAUAUGACUGUGACUCAGAGCUCUCCCCGCCACACAAAAAGAAAGCAAAAUCACAUUUUGGAGACAAGAAGCAGCUUGAUUCUAAAGGGACCUGCCAGGAAGCUCCUGAUUCUGAUCUUUCUCCUCCACGCCGUAAACAAAACCCAAGGCCUCAGAAUUCAGAUUCAGACCUGUCUCCUCCACGGAAUAGACCUCAGCGCCGAAGCUCUGAUUCUGACCUCUCUCCACCACGGAGGAAACGGCAAACCAGGUCCCCUGAUUCUGACCUCUCUCCACCACGGAGGAAACGGCAAACCAGGUCCCCUGAUUCUGACCUCUCUCCACCAAGGAGGAAACGGCAAACCAAGUCUCCUGAUUCUGACCUCUCUCCACCAAGGAGGAAACGGCAAACCAGGUCCCCUGAUUCAGAUCUGUCUCCACCAAGGAGAAGUCAGUCUUCUGGAAAGAGGGCUGCGCACAUGUAUUCUGGGGCGAAAACUGGGUUGGUGUUGAAUAAUGUAAAGCAAGAACAGCAGGAACUCAAGAAACAGGACCAAGAAUCCAUGGAGUUCGAAGCUCAAUUCCAGUUUGCUGAAACUGUAUUUCGAGAUAAACUUGGUCGUAAGAGGAAUUUGAAGCUGGAGCGUUUAGAGGAGAGGAGAAAAGCGGAGAAGGACAUGGAGAGAGAUGAGUUGUAUGCACGAUGGGGAAAAGGGCUUGCCCAGGGCCGGCAACAGGAACAAAAUGUGGAGGAUGCAAUAAAAGAGAUGCAGAAGCCUCUGGCCCGAUACAUUGAUGAUGAAGACCUCGAUCGGAUGCUGAGAGAACAAGAAAGGGAAGGGGACCCCAUGGCCAACUUCAUCAAGAAGAGUAAGGCCAAGGAGAACAAGAAUAAGAAAGUGAGACCUCGCUACAGUGGCCCAGCACCUCCACCCAACAGAUUCAACAUCUGGCCUGGGUAUCGAUGGGAUGGAGUGGACAGAUCCAAUGGGUUUGAACAGAAGCGCUUUGCCAGGCUUGCCAGCAAGAAGGCAGUGGAAGAACUUGCCUACAAGUGGAGCGUUGAAGAUAUGUAACUUUCCAGAGCCUGUGCAGGUAGAUGUGGGCUGUAGUGGCGGGCACAGGGCAGCUAGACCUCCGGCAGGAAUGAUCCUCCGUACUCGUGAUCACAGCCACGCAGACCAGCAGUCAACACGGGGUUCACCACAGAAGAAUGAAGCCAGAUUUUUGGACAGAGGUACCUGUGCUUUGCAGGUGUUCCAGCACUGGCUGUGGCUGACUUUUCACAGGAAGCACUGAUUUCCGUGCCCCAUCCUUUGUUCUUGGUUGAAAUUUUUUUCCUUCUUUUUAAAAAUAAACACUCAUUUAUUUU